AAAUGCAAUGAGUUGAAUUACAAGAUACUUUUCUAAGAGCCUAUUUGGAUGGGCUUAUUACUGAUGACUUAUAAGUCAAAAGUCAUAAGUAAGAAAUUCUAACUUAACACUUUUGGAUAAGGGGGUAUUUGGCCAUAUUUUUUUUCUUUUUUUCCGGAGUUAAACUCCGGAGAAGAUGCUUGAUCAUAAAAGUCAAGUUGAUUUUCGAAAUUGGGAAAAUACCAAAAACAUUUUUUUCACUCCAAAUUACUCAUAGAGACAGCUCCAAUUUUCAAAUAUCAUUUUUCACUUUGAAAACAAAAACUAUUUUUUUUCAAAUACUCACAAUUUGCAUGGACAAACGUCCCUUAUUUUUGUUCUUUUGAGCUAAAAGUAAGUGAUCAAAGUUCUUUUAUCUUACUCAAACACUAGGAAAAAAAAAUACUUAAAAAGCUAUUAAAUGUUACCAAGAAGCAAAUUAUAGUUAAUUCCUAAUUGUCGAAGAAAAAGUCUUGCAAUUUUUAUCAAAGGUCUCAAAUUUGAGCCUUGAAUUGGCGUUAGACUUUCCAAUAUGAAUCCGGAUUAACCGGUCCCAAAACAAGUAUAUGACAUAGGUGGAAACCAAGAAAAUCAGAAGGAAUACUUAGCAAUGGCACAAGAGAUCCAAGGGGGUAAGGUGAGCAAGGUGGACAUUGACAAGUUGUCUCAAGAAUUCACACUUCCAAAUCACAUACACAAGCUGAAGCUCGUGGAGCGGCCUCCGAAUGAGAACUCUCUGUGCAACAUCUGCUUCCUGAGCUGCAAAGGAAACAAUUUUUAUGCUUGUGAGACGUGUAGGUUCCAGGUACAUGUUUCGUGUGCUCGUCGUGGAAAAGAAGAUUGGAAACUGAAACAACAUGAUCAUUUCCUAAUCCUCCAGCGAACACCCGCCACUUUCCAUUGCAAUGCUUGUGGUAAGGAAGACAAAAGAGAGCCCUCUUAUCUAUGUACAGAAUGUUCAUUCUGGAUCCAUCACAGCUGUGCCAAUUUGGACCCAAAGUGCAACCACGGCGAUCAUGACCACCCGCUCAACCUGGAGUUUUCUCUUCCACAAAAAUUUGAAAAUUUCACUCUCACCUGCGAUGUGUGCAGCGAAAAGCUCCUUCCUGAUGAUUGGGUUUAUCAGUGUGGACCUUGCGUAUUCUUUGUACACGUCAAGUGUGCCGGGAAAAGGAGAACGGCUGCUGCUGAUAACAUCGAGGCCUUUCCCAAGUUGAAUUUGGCCCUGCUGCCGGAGGAUAAUGAAACCGUGCAACUUGUAGAACGGUUUCUUAAGCAAAAUGGCAUCCUUGAAAAUCUCAGGCCGUCGCAGAUUGACAAUUUUCAACACAAGGUGCAUUCGUUAGUGCUCUCAAAUAACACAAACAAGGAUAAAUUAGUUUGUGAUGGCUGUAUUAGGCCUAUUGUUGACCCGUGUUAUUAUAGUUGUCAACAGUGCAGCUACUUUCUGCAUGUAACUUGCUCUCAGUUACCGGGUGAUCUGGAGCUGAAUCACCCGUUUCACCCGGAACACCUACUUUACAUAAGGCAUCCGGAGUAUUGCUGUUUCUUCCGGCAAUGCAGUCAUUGCAAAUUAGACACUAAUGGUUGGUGGUUUGAAUGCAAACAGAGAGAAUGUGACUUCCGCCUCGAUAUGAAGUGUGCUUUAUUGCCUAAAGCUACUGCACAUAAAUCACACAGGCACCCCCUUUCUCGAAUUUCAGUUACCAAUGAAAAUUGCAGCGCUUGUGCUAAAACCCUUUCUGGUUCGUCAUACGGUUGUGAAGCUUGUCGUUUCUACCUAGGAAAUGAUUGUGCUCUAUCUCCACAUACUAUCACCACCCAAUGGGAUGAACACCACCUUACCCUCAUUUUUCCCCCUUUUACUGACCAUCCAGAUGAAUUCUUGUGCGAGUUCUGCGAAACAUAUGCACAUCCCAAGUAUUGGCUAUAUCAUUGUAAGGAUUGUGAUCAAUCUUUUCAUCCACAUUGCAUCCCUCAACAUGGUCUGUCUCGUAAUAUCAAGUUUGGUAUCACCAUUCAGAUUGCUGAGCACUCUCUAGAAUUGGUUGAAAAAGGUG